UUGUUUUCUUCAAGAAAUAUAUUAGAAAACCUCCUUAUCAUUUCUUUCCAGCUUGAGAGUGAAUUUGGAUAUGGGCAAGUCUUUUUACUCCUGGUCUAUAGGAAAAGACCCAGCCAUGAAAGGUACUACCGUAAGAUGUACCACAAUACCUGAAGAACUUGGUAGAAUUUCCUACCUGCUUUCUGACAAAACUGGAACUCUUACUCAGAAUUCGAUGAUAUUGAAGAGAUUGCAUCUGGGUACAGUCAGUUAUGCUGCUGAUAGUUUUGAUGAAGUGGGUUUGGUAUUGAAGAAUUCUUUCUCUCCUUCUGAAAACAUCAAGAUGGCAUCGGAAAAGUUCAGGCGUUCAGAAAAUACAAGAAUCAGAGAUGCUGUACAAGCCCUAGCACUCUGCCAUAAUGUGACUCCAGUUUAUGAGGGGUCGGGGAAAGGAGAUACAGAUUCAGUAUCUUUUGCUUCUGAAACGGAAGCAGACCAACACUUGCAGGUAUCAGACAAAGAUGUGAUGUAUCAGGCUUCCAGUCCAGAUGAGGUUGCCCUCGUGCAGUGGACGCAAGAGGUGGGUUUGGCCCUCAGCCACAGAGAUUUGUCUUCCAUGCAACUAAGAGGGCCUGACGGCAGGCUGUUGAAUUACGCUAUACUGCAAAUAUUUCCAUUCACCAGUGAAACUAAACGGAUGGGAAUCAUUGUUAAGGAUUUGCACACUGGAGAGAUAUUUUUUUAUUUGAAAGGAGCAGAUGUCGUUAUGUGCGCAAUCGUUCAGUACACGGAUUGGUUGGAAGAGGAAGUUGGUAAUAUGGCAAGAGAUGGUUUGAGAACUCUAGUGGUAGCGAAGAAGAAUCUAACAGAGGAGCAAUAUUUUGAUUUCGAAGCUCGCUACAAUGCUGCUCGAUUGUCUACAACCGACAGGGUUGCUAGAGUGGCCCAAGUCGUGGAAUCUUUGGAAAGGGAAAUGGAGCUGCUGUGUAUAACGGGUGUAGAGGACAAACUCCAAGAUAACGUCAGACCUACUUUGGAACUGCUUAGAAAUGCUGGAAUUAAAAUUUGGAUGUUGACGGGUGAUAAACUAGAAACUGCUACAUGCAUAGCUAAAAGUUCCAGAUUAGUAUCACGAACUCAAGGUACAACUCAUACAAAAACACACCGGGAAAAGGACGGCAGCCGUCGGCGACGGAGGCAAUGACGUCAGCAUGAUCCAGCAGGCCGACGCCGGCAUUGGUAUCGAAGGUCGCGAGGGGAAGCAAGCGAGUUUGGCCGGAGACUUCAGUAUCCCACAGUUCUCUCACCUGUCCAGACUACUGCUGGUACACGGCAGGAAGUCGUAUAAGAGGUCUGCGUCUUUGGCACAGUUCGUCAUCCACAGGGGCUUGAUCAUAUCCACAAUGCAGGCUGUGUUCAGCAGCGUUUUCUAUUUGAGUUCAGUGGCGCUCUACCAGGGCUUUCUGAUGGUGGGAUACGCCACUGUGUAUACCAUGUUUCCAGUUUUCAGUUUGGUUCUUGACCAAGAUGUCAGUCCUGAAAUAGCUCUCACCUAUCCAGAAUUGUAUAAGGAAAUGGCAAAGGGUCGGAGCUUAUCAUUCAAAACCUUUUUUAUGUGGGUUUUGAUAAGUAUUUAUCAAGGGGGAGUGAUAAUGUAUGGAGCCCUGCUGCUAUUUGAAGACGAAUUUAUUCACAUCGUAGCCAUAAGUUUCACCUCCUUAAUUCUGACAGAACUGAUCAUGGUGGCCUUGAACAUUAGGACGUGGCACUACUUGAUGGUCCUGGCUGAACUGUUUUCACUGUGUCUUUACGUUUUGUCUCUUAUUGUUCUGCAUGACUAUUUCGAUUCCGAAUUCAUCAGAACGAGGGACUUUUUCUGGAAGGUCUUGGUGAUUACGUUGGUUUCCUGUUUGCCGCUUUAUAUCCUGAAGUUCUUGCGGAANUACGCCGUUGUAUUUGAACUGACAGCAAAAAUGUCACCAGUAGAACCUUUGCUUAUUUCGAUUAAAUUGAAUAAUUCACUGAGGUAUUAG